AGAGAGAGAGAGAGGAUAAGUAAUAUUGUUUUAUUGAAAUAUAGCGGGAGAAAGAGUACGUUGGGAGUAAACCUAUCUCCGAGAGAGGCAGAGAGCUUUUUUGUACCCGCUUUUUCUUUUUCGUCAAUCAUCAUCUUCACAUUACCGCUUCAAACCACGCGGCCCUUUUUUAUUUUUUGUUUUAAUUCUGGGUUUGGUUUCGCUUGAAUUUGCCACGCUGCAUCGCAUUGUAGCAGAUGUCCGCUUGACUGCUCUAGAUCCGUGUUGAGAGAGUCCGAUCUUGGCAGUGGAAAUGGGAAGCAUUUCGGAGGAGGAGGAGGAGGACGGGUACGUCUCCGACCAGGAGCAGAGCGAGCGUUGCGGGAGUUACAGCUUGAGCGCUGACGUCAGCGAGUCCGAGAGCUGCAGUAGCUUCACCUGUCGGCGGUUCGACGCCGAGGGUGGCGCAUCCAGCUCUUUCACCUCCUCUCCCCGUCCCCUCGUCCGGAAUUUCGGUCUCAUGGCGCCAGUGAUGCUGCCAGUGAUUGGAGGCAAGGAUGUGCUGCUUUGGGAUCAGAAGCCCGAGAAACGGGAAACAGAUUUGUCCGAGGUUGAGAUGAUGAAGGAGAGAUUUGCGAAGCUUCUUCUCGGAGAAGACAUGUCUGGAGGAGGGAAAGGAGUGUGCACUGCCCUUGCCAUCUCAAAUGCCAUCACCAAUCUCUCUGCUACCGUGUUUGGUGAACUGUGGAGGUUAGAGCCACUGGCGCCGCAGAAGAAGGCAAUGUGGCGCCGAGAAAUGGAGUGGCUCUUAUGUGUGAGUGAUUCCAUAGUGGAGCUCGUCCCCUCAAUACAACAGUUCCCUGGUGGAGGCACAUACGAAGUCAUGGCAACUAGGCCACGCUCGGAUUUGUACAUAAAUCUACCUGCUCUUAAAAAGCUUGAUGCGAUGUUGCUUGGUAUACUUGAUGGGUUUUGUGAUACAGAAUUUUGGUACGAUGAUCGGGGGAUAGUUGUGGGUGAAACAAGAGAUUGUGAUACUUACUCAUCGCGGGGUGCAAGGCCUUCAGUUAGGCAGGAAGAGAAGUGGUGGCUGCCAUGUCCAAAGGUACAGCCAUGUGGGUUGUCAGAUGGUGCAAGGAAGAGGCUGCAGCAGUGUAGGGACUGUGCAAACCAGAUACUGAAGGCGGCCUUGGCAAUUAAUAGCAGUGUGCUAGCUGAGAUGGAGAUCCCCAGUGCUUACUUGGAGACAUUACCCAAGAGUGGGAAAACUUGUCUCGGUGAUAUCAUUUAUCGCUACAUAACUGCUGAGCAGUUCUCUCCAGACUGUCUACUUGAUUGCCUGGACCUUUCAUCUGAGCAUCACACUCUGGAGAUAGCUAACAGGAUGGAGGCAGCAACCCAUGUCUGGAAGCAGAAAGACCAGAGGAAACUCGCAACUCACAUGAAAUCUAGGCGCUCGUCUUGGGGUGGCAAGGUCAAGGGCCUUGUUGCUGAUACUGAUAAGAAUAAUUUUUUGGCCCAAAGAGCAGAGACCCUCUUACAGAGCUUGAGGCUUCGAUUCCCUGGCCUCCCACAAACUGCACUGGACAUGAACAAGAUCCAAUACAAUAAGGAUGUAGGGCAGUCAAUUCUGGAAAGCUACUCAAGAGUGAUGGAAAGCUUGGCAUUUAACAUAAUGGCCAGGAUAGAUGACGUUCUCUAUGUAGAUGAUGCGACCAAGCAAUGUGCUGCAGCGGAAUCAAUGUCCAUUUUCAACAGGGGAGGUCUAGGUGGUCUUCCUAUUCAGAAAAGAAUGUCUCCUAGCCCCUUCUCAAUCCACCACACCCCGUAUGGCUCACCAUUUGCGACUCCAACCUUCUGUUCUACACCAGUAAUAGGAAGCCCUGGGAGAGCACAUUCCUCUCGGAGGAGGACCACUCCUAAGGAUGCAAUCGAUUUGAAGUCUGAAAAACUAGUCGUUGCUGAUUUAGACCGAGUGUGGUCAUAUACUGGGAACCUCAGUGCCAGAAGGGUUCCCGGAAAUGCUCCGGAGCGAGACUGAGUCUGUGUAAUUUACCCUUCUAGGUGAAUUUAAGUUAAAACAGUUGACUUAAACUAACAAAGAAGUUGCAGAGGUGGACUGAAAGCCCUGAGGCUGUGAGAACGAGAAAAAUCUGGGAGGGGAUAAUAUUGUAUAUUUUUAGCAAUACAAUUAGGAUGGUUUAAAGUUUUGACAUUAGAUCAUGGAGUUUUAUUAGGUGAUAAGUGAAAAGAUUAUAUUUUCUCAUA